GAAUCCUCAGAUACGCAAUUCUUCUACUUUCAGUUCGCCUUUAAUUUCAAUUCUAGUUUCUUUUUUUUCGCACUUUCACAUAUGGUAGCCUGAAUUCUAUUUCAUUUCGAGUUCGACAUUCCGAACAUUAGCAACACCCGGCCUCUAGGUCGCAGCUUCGGCCUCAUUACGCAACAUGUCCGGCUUAUCACCACCAUUGUCAACAAUGAAUCUCGAGGAAGAAGGUGCCUCUCCCUGGGGUGAUGUUCCCUCAGCCUCUGGCUCGAUCCAUAGGCCUGACCAGGAAGAAGAGACCGAGUCGAAGGAUCCAGAGUCCCCUCAGCAGCCCGAGCGAAAACAGAACCCUGGCCCAUCUGCUUCAAGUAGAUCAGCAGCCUCCCGUAUCUCACGAGCUCCUCGCAGAGUCGGCGCUCAAGCAAAGACUCUGGAAGCGGUCGACGAUUCCCUUGGUCCUCUUGGGCCUUUAGGAGAUGACUUUCCAAGCGCAUCACAGCCCGAGGUGCCCCCAGCGCCUCCGCAAAAGGAACAAUCGUUUGUCUCGGAAGCGCGGAUGGCGGCGUCCACAUCCUCGGGAUCAAUUAAUCGAAGCUUGAUGGAUUCUGUAAACUUGGACGAUGACGAGGAUGAGCCUCCUUUGAGGGCGAGGAUGCCUCCGCCAGUGCAGCCUCCUCAAGCAGAGGGGCCAAAGAGGCAGACGCAGCCAAGUGUGAGCGUUGAGCAGGCGGCCAAUCCAACAUUCCAAAUUACGGUCGGAGAUCCGCAUAAGGUUGGAGAUUUGACCAGCUCACAUAUUGUUUACCAAGUAAAGACAAAGACGACUUCCAAGGCCUACAAGCAACCUGAAUUCACAGUCUCUCGGCGAUACAGAGACUUUCUGUGGCUCUACAAUUCGCUUCACAAUAACAACCCAGGAGUCGUUGUGCCGCCGCCUCCGGAGAAGCAAGCUGUCGGUCGAUUCGAGACCAAUUUUGUCGAAUCUCGUCGAGCUGCCUUGGAGCGCAUGCUGAAUAAAGCUGCCGCACAUCCAAUUCUGCAACAUGAUGGUGACUUGAAGUUGUUCCUUGAAAGCGAUGCGUUCAACGUGGAUGUCAAGCACAAGGAGCGGAAAGAUCCUGCUCUUCCUGAAAGCAAAGGCAUGUUCAGUUCAAUUGGCUUCUCUAUGGGCGGAGGAGGCAAAUUCAUCGAGCAUGAUGAUUGGUUCCACGACAGAAGAGUUUACUUGGACGCCCUCGAAAAUCAGCUCAAAGCGCUAGAUAAAGCUCUGGAUACCGUUGUUGGUCAGCGCAAGAGCCUUGCCGAAGCCGCCGGCGACUUUUCUGCCUCUUUGCACGCCCUUUCUGCUGUUGAACUUUCUCCUUCCUUGUCCGGUCCGCUGGAAGGUUUGUCCGACCUCCAGAUACGCAUUCGUGAACUCCACGAGCGUCAAGCUCAGCAGGAUGUUUUGACCCUGGGAAUCACCGUGGAUGAAUAUAUUCGCCUGAUUGGCAGCAUAAAGACGGCUUUCUCACAGCGACAAAAGUCUUUCCACUCUUGGCGCGCUGCCGAAACGGAGCUUCAAAAGCGUAAAGCUGCUCAGGAUAAGAUCUUACGGCAGGGCAAGACGCAACAGGACCGCCUGAACCAACUUAGUGCCGAUGUUAGUGACGCCGAGCGCAAAGUGCACCAAGCGAGACUCCUUUUUGAGGACAUGGGUCGAUUGAUGCGCAAUGAGCUGGAAAGGUUUGAGAGAGAAAAGGUGGAGGAUUUUAAGUCUGGCGUAGAGACUUAUCUUGAAAGCGCGGUGGAGGCGCAGAAAGAGCUUAUUGAGAUUUGGGAAACCUUCCUCAUGCAGCUGGAUGCUGAGGAAGAUGAGGCUCAUUCGUUCAGACCUCCUGCUGUUGCAGCGGUAACUCCGGUUCCAUCUGCAUCAGCAGCCGCAGCACCAACGGAGACGACCUCGGAGUCUUCGAGACCGCAGACGGCGGAGACGGAAAGCGGAGCUUCAGCUGCAGCGAUUGCAACGGCUGAGCAGGAGGAGUAGUGCAGCCGUCUCAAGGGGCGUGAGUUAAAUUAGUGGUUGUUCGAAGCUUAUCGGACAGUUCAAGCCUUGUCAUUUACAUACUGUUAUUGCCAUUGCCAGGUAUCUAUACUCUAAGCUCCCUUCCAUGUCGUUUCUGUUCCUUCCCACCGAUCCGCAACAGCUACUCGACUCAUCUCGUGCGUGUUCAUAGAGGAUGAGACGAUAUCCACUGUAGCUAGAUUAUAGUUGCUAAUCUCAAGGCUCUAUUUUCCUUCAUCGUGCUGAGUCACUGUAUAGCAUCG